ACUGACUCCGCUAGGGCCAGGAGUUGGAGUUUUCAAAGAAUUAGGUGUUGGUGUUGGGCUUGACGAUGCUGGACUCAGAGCUUGAGUUGGGGGAAAGCAUGGUUGCCUUCUUGAGCGACUUGGGUGCCUCCGCCGCGCGCUGCCUUCGUUUGUGCAGCCGUGUACGAACUACCAAUUGCUGUUCCGGGCCGGGUAUCGGAACCCGAGCUAAAUCCUUCCCCAGAGAGGCGGAAGCUGCCAAGAUUUAUUCCAGGGAAAAUACUAGAAUCCAGGGUGCCCCGCCUACGGGGAAGAAGCUAUUCAAACCCUAUCCAAAUCUUUUGUGUGAACGCUCAGGUUACUAUGGGCUACCUGAUCCCAACAUAUAUGAGAGAAAAUGUACAUCAUUGUCAUCAUGCUUACAACAUUGGAAGGCAGACCUCUGCCCUAAGCCAAAGCCUGACAUUUUUGUCUAUUCCCUUGAUGAUAAUCUUCGUAAAUGUUUUGUUGCAUAUUCCCUUGAAGAGGAUGGCAUCAUCUCACCCAAGUAUUACAUAUAUCCUCCCAGUUUUCUAGCUAAAGAGUAUAAAGGAUUGUUAAGUGCUCUUGAAUGCUGGGAUCUUGAAAGUAAUUUCUAUCCAUAUGUACCUUGGAAAUUUGAUCUUUGGGUCAUGAGGGAUGGAUCGUGGACGAGAGAAUCUGUUAUCGAAACUCGUGCUGUUAAGGAGCCGUUGUGGUUUUCGCUGGACGGUAAGCUAUUGUAUUUUACAAGCCUGACAGAUGAGCUAGUGGUGUUUGACCGUGAUACUGGAAAGUUGAAGUAUCUUGGUGUCAACUGGCCUAAUACAUCAAUCACUCGUCCAAUGAUGAUUCCGUUUUAUGAGAGCUUUGUUCAACUCAACUGAAUUCCAAACGUUGACAAG